CUUUGGAAAAUUUUAUGUCCAUUAAAGUAUAAUUAGUUUAGUUAGUUGAAACAUACCUUUAGAAAAUCUAACAUAUGAACUGUACUAACGCAAGUGUCGAAUUCCAAACUGGAAACAUUUCAAUAAGUUUACAAUGUAAGGAAAUUUUGGGCUAGGCUCAACAAUAAGGUUAUACAUAUCAUUAUGUCAAACUUAGAUCUAUAUAUAUAUACAUAUUAAAAUUAUGAGAUUCUCUGAAAUCGAUAUAUAAUAACAAAAGUUGUCAGGAGGGAUAUAAUUCAAUAUUUGAAAAACAAGAUUCGCAUAUAUAUUUCAAAUUAAAAUAAAAAAGGCUAAUUUCAUUGUUUGUCUAUAUUUUUCAUUAACAAUUAUUAAAAAAAGCCUACAUAAAUACUACCGUCACUUCACUUUUUUCCUUCAUACUCUCAUCUUUACUCUCUCUCUCUCUCUCUCUCUCUCUCUCUCUCUCUCUCUCUCUCUCUCUCUCUCUCUCUCUCUCUCUCUCCCCUUUUCCCGGCAUAACCUGUGUGUGAUCCUAAAGUCCAUAACCUGUUUCAUCCAUAAAGUAUAGUUUGCUUCAGUACCUAUUACUCUUACUAGUUUCGAAUUAUAUUCAAACUAAACAAAAGAAAUGUCGGGAAGAAGAUCACGUUCGAGGCAAGUAUCAGGAACUUCAAGUAUCUCAGAAGAACAGAUCAAUGAUCUCAUUAUCAAGUUGCAGCAGCUUCUUCCUGAGCUCAGGGACAGUCGUCGCUCUGACAAGGUUUCAGCAGCGAGAGUGUUACAAGAGACGUGCAACUACAUAAGGAAUCUGCACAGAGAGGUUGAUGAUCUAAGUGAGAGGCUAUCUGAGUUACUUGCAAAUACAGACACUGCUCAAGCUGCUUUAAUCAGAAGCUUACUUACCCUAUAAUUCAUAUCUUCUUCUUCUUCUUUUCUACUAAUAAUAAUAAUAAUAGUAUGCGGAUUUGUUUU